UUUUGUACCACGCACUACUCCUGGCGCACAACCCUCGCUUGAGAGCAUGUCUUGGAACAAGGAGGUCCAUGAUGCAGGAAGAAAAGCAAUUUGCAAGUUUUGGUACUUCUGCAACAUUCCAUUUAUUGCAGCCAGGUCUCCUUAUUGGCAAGGCAUGAUUGAUGCAGUAACCAUUUGUGGGUCGGGGUUUAAAGCCCCUAGUGAUACUGAGUUGAGUGGCCCUCUCUUGUUGGAAAUGGUGGAAGAUAUGAAAGUUGACCUAGAGGACCACCGCCAAUCUUGGAGCCAGAAGGGUUGCACCAUCAUGACAGAUGGUUGGACUGAUAGGAGGAAUAGAACACUCCUAAAUUUUCUUGUUUCCAGCGGAGGAUCCACCAUGUUUUUGAAGUCCAUCGAUGCUUCCUCACAUGUCAAAAAUGCGGCAUACUUAUGUGAGGCUAUUGAGGAAGUUAUAGAUGAGGUGGGGGAAGAAAAUGUGGUGCAAGUGGUGACGGAUAAUGCAGCAAGUUAUGUUGCUGCAGGAAAACUUUUGAUGGAGAGGCACCCAAAAAUCUUUUGGUCUCCAUGUGCGGCCCAUUGCCUUGACCUCAUGCUGGAGGAUAUAGGUAAGCUUGGAUGGGUGAAAGAAUGCGUUGAAAGGGCCAAGAAUAUAUGCAAAUUUAUUUACAAUCAUGCAUUGGUCCUUAGCAUUAUGAGGCAAUACACGGGGGAAAGGGAGUUGGCUCGUCCUGGUAUAACGAGAUUUGCCUCAAAUUUCCUCACAUUGAAAUCCUUGUUAAAAUCAAAGGCAUCUUUGAGGCGCAUGUUUGUUGGUGAGGAGUGGACUUCCUCAUCCUAUGCUACGACCACUGCAGGGAUGGAUGUAGUAGAUUGCAUUUUUGAUGAGCCAGGUUUUUGGAUCCCUUGUGCAGAGAUCGUGCAGGUCACUGAGCCCCUAGUAGUUCUCCUACGAGUUGUUGAUGGGGAGAAGCCCGCUGUGGGCUACAUAUAUGAGGGCAUGGAUAGGGCCAAGGAGGCCAUUAGAUCCAUAUAUGCUGGAGUUGAGGAUAAGUAUAGGCCCAUUUGGGACAUAAUUGAUAGAAGAUGGCAUAACCAACUUCAUAGGCCCAUCCAUGCAGCAGCUUAUUACCUCAAUCCAUCAUUUCGUUUCCGUGCUGAUUUCAAAGCGGAUGAGGAGGUUCUUAGCGGGCUAUAUUCAGUAGUACAACGGAUGGUCACUGAUACCACAGCUACACUUCUUGAGAUGGAUGCAUUUAAUAAUGCAUCAGGGGCAAUCUUUGCCAGCCAAUUGUGCAAAGAGGGUCGGACAAAAUUGCAGCCAGGUAGAAAAUUCUAAAGUUUAUGACAUGCAUUUUAAUUUUUCAUUUUAUAAUCUACCUUUAAAGUUGGAAA